GAUGACGUCACUGCCUAGUAUAUCUAGUGGUGGAAAAGGGAAGUUGGAUUAGCUCUAACAUACAUUUGCUGCAUUGAUUUUGAUUCGGUUGCGUACUUCAAAUUGGAAAAAUGUCGAACAAAAGGUUACAGCAAACGCAAGCCCAAGUGGAUGAGGUCGUCGACAUCAUGAAAGUGAAUGUCGACAAAGUGUUGGAGAGAGAUGCUAAAUUGUCAGAACUUGAUUCUCGAGCAGAUCAAUUGCAAGCUGGAGCAUCACAAUUUGAACAUAGUGCAGCAAGGUUGAAGCGAAAAAUGUGGUGGCAGAACUGCAAGAUGUGGAUAAUUCUCAUUGUGGUGAUUGCUGUAAUCAUUGCAGCCAUUGUCAUUUGGGUGGUAGCAAACAAUCCUGGUAAAAGCAACCCUACUAGUGCUCCUACUACAAAACCUUAACUCAUAUUUGAUAUAAACUAUUCUUACUACUGACUUAAGGAUCAAGGUUCUUUUUUUUUUUUUUUACCUUAAUUAAUAAAAGCAUUAUUAAGUAGUUGCUGUACAUAUGUCGUAAUGACCAGUAGUUAAGAUAUAUCCUGUUUGAAAAUUACAUCCAACUGUUUUGAAAUGAAAUAAAAGUUAUUGUAGUUUGGAGUAAUGCUAAGGUCAACCUUUAACUCCAGAGAUCCAAUGGGAAAUUCUCCCUUUCUGGUGAUGAGCAUUACCCUGUAAAUUAGUGAAAAGAGUUUCACAUGAUAUCGAGGCAACAUCCAGCUGUUUGCUUGGCAUUGUCUUGAAACUGUAAGGAGAAAGUACUUGUUACUUUGAUCUUGCCUGAGACUUGAAUGAUGAACAACUUCUAGGUCAAAACUUGUUAACCUUUUAAUUCCCACAAGUGACCAGGACAGAAUUUCUCCCUACAAUAUCAAUACAAUAUCAAGCAGACAAGUAAUGAGAAUGAAGAAAAAUAUCAUUGAGGGCAUGAUUAGUUGAUUCACCAACAAAUUCUUUGAACAAACAUGACAUGGCAGACAGUAAAAUUAAAAAAUGGCCUUGACUAGUUCCCCAACCAAAAUGGUAGCUUUUUUGAAAGUUUUUCUUGUGUAUGGAGUGGAUGACUUUCUACCCAGGUCUCCUUCAGGAUUAUGUCAGACCUAUAAAUGUCUCUCAUGGAAUUCUUUAAGUCUAGAAAAGUACUCUUAUUAUUAUUGCAGCCUCUGCGUAAAACAGACUUUACUAUUCAGUACCUUAUUUUUGUCAUAUUUAACCCAGUAAUGUAGUUAAUGUAACAGUGCAACUAAGAAAAUCAUAAAUUAACUAAACCUUGAAUAUCUUUGGUAAAAAAGCAUCUAGUAAACCUUGGACCUGAAAUGUAAGGAAUUAAUUACAGUGGUUGUAAUUUCAAAUUUCUGCAGGCAUUUUGCAGAAAUAGAACAUGAAUAAAAAUUUGCUUUACUGUAAGCUUCAUCCAUGUACUCCAGAAAGUCCCCAGACACGUCAUUCAUAAUUUUACACCCUCCAAGAAUUUAAUGUUUUAGAUUAUAGUAAAUGUACAACCAGGUUAGUGGCAUUGAUUUUCCCUUCUUUACAUCUCUGAAAUAAAACACUUUUUUAAACU